AUGAUUAAUGCAAUAAAUGAUCCACACGCGCAAUGGGACGUCCUUUCAGAGGAGGAGAUUGCUACCAUAAAGAAACGAUGUGAAGAGUUGUUGGAUUGGUUUACAUACUUGAGCAGUGACGAUCUGACGGACUAUGAAGUUGUAAUUCCCACAGAUUACCUCAAUAGGCGUAUGAACAAGCCAUGCUUCGAUCCACACGUUAUGAAAACGGUCGCUGAUAGGUUUGAAGAACGCGGUGAUGUUGAAUUCGCCAAAGAAUUCGAAAUGACAUUAGAGCAAUUGAUUCUUGCAAUUCUUUGUGCGGUUAUGGAAGAUAACAACUGUCGAAACGUCAAGUUUGAGGUGUUAUGUGAUGCGCUUCAGUUUGAUAAAGGGACAUACUACAUGAUAAAGAAGUUCCUUAGCGGUAAAGAUGAUGGAACUAAAACACCAAAGGAUUUAAUUAUGCAAACCUUCUGCACUCCUAUCGACUGCUGCCUUGCUCUCACGAUGGCAUACUGUGAGGUCUGUGGCUGGCCUUUCUCGUGUGACUGGAACGCGAUAACAUAUGUGAACGAUACAUGGACGGAAGAAGAGCAGAACGAGUUUGACAAGCUGACACGAGAAGAGGCGCAACGGCAGUGGAACAAUACUAAGGCCUUUAUCAUGGAUCCAAAUUCAACAGAUCAUGAGCCGAGUGAAUACAUGAAGUAA